CCAACUAUUAAAAUAGUCGGAGGUGGGACGCGGGGCGGUUCAGCAGCUCCAACAGUAACGCAGCAGCAGCUCCAACACCACCGCACGGAUAAUAAGCAAGUCGGGUGGCUGCAGACAUGGAUCGUUCGCGUUUCGCCCGCAAUGGCGGUAUCUGCAGGCAUUUCUUGAAUGGCUCGUGCAGAUAUGGCUCAAGAUGCCAUUAUUUACAUGAAUUACCCGCUGAACCGCCGUCCCAAAUAUGUCGGUUCUUCCAGAAAGGUGCAUGCUGGUAUGGUGAACGCUGCAGGUAUAUCCAUAUCCCCCAAUCUGAAGGUGGUGCAGAUGUUGCAGGUCGAAGACUGGCUAUACCAACAGUCUUCUCCUCCACAUCCUCUUCCUCCUCUUCUUCCUCCACCUCCGUGGCCCAAGGCACAGCUGACAGACAAGGUUCUGAGACCUUUGCUCGUAUGCAGGCUGAUGUGUCGCCAAGGCGUCAACGUGGCACAUCGGGGUCCAUGGUGACCUCUGCAAAUGUCGUAGACACUGGGAACAGAAACACUGCGAAGCGAUUACAUGAUGCUCAUUCCCGAGUGCCGGCCAAGAGCUCAGAUCAGUGUGACGCAAAUAUGUGUGACAAAGAGGAAAGUCUUCCCAGUAGCACAGAAGCCGCGGGUGCCUCUGCGUCCUCGUGCACCGACGGGACGUUGGAGGCAUUCCUGCAGAGUCGGGAUAUCACCUGUGGCAUAUGCAUGGACAAGGUGUAUGAGAAGAUGGACCGUAGAAACCAGGUGUUUGGAAUCCUACCCAACUGCAGUCAUGCCUUCUGCCUGCAGUGCAUCAUGACCUGGAGGAAAACCAGAAACCUCGGGCCUGAUAUUGUCAAGACCUGCCCACAAUGCAGGGUGAGAUCAGCCUUCUAUAUACCUAACAAAUACUGGGUGGAAGGUCAAGCAAAGGAAAGCCUAAUAGCAGACUUCAAACAAAAAUUCAGUAAGCGAAGCUGCAGUUAUUAUGCACGAUACGAACACUGUCCCUUUGAAACGGAGUGUCUCUAUCGGCAUGACAGGACUGCACGCCGCACAUCAUUCUUGUGUACUACAGAUGAUGAAGAUGACGAUGAAGACUACGAUGAUGACGAAGACUAUGAUGGUCUGCUCAAUUUCUUUAUAGCCAUGACGCUUCUUCGUGCUGAUGAGGAUGGUGACGGUGACAAUGUUGACGAUGAUGGUGACAACUUUGACAUUCCUUUUUUCCUAGCGGAGUAUGGAUUCUGAACCCUCUUUUCCUCUUUCACACGCAAUUUCCUCAGUGUGGAAAUGGGUCCUAGAAAAAAUUGUCACCACAAGUCGAUAUAACUGUUACGACGCGACUGUCCCCCUUGGAUCGGUAAUGAGGCUUUUGGAGUAGGCAAGGCUCAGUCGUUAUUAGUAGCAGGACAUGUGCUUACUGACCUGCUAUCCCUCAAACCGAGAGGAAACCUGAUUUGACCUGCUGUAGUGGACAGCUAGAAAUAAAGGUGCACAUUGAUCAAGAUACUGUGCUCUGGUUGUAAACUGUUUGUCUGUUAACUGUCUUGACAGGAUAAAUGUGUUUUUUUUUUUUCCUUCCUCCGGCCAUAGUGAUUAAAACUUUGACAUCUUGUACAUUUAUCUUUAUGCCGCUGUAGUUAGAGAUAAUUGCUUAAAGCGGAAUUGACCAGAAAAAAGUGAUUUUAAGUGUUGUGUGGAUAGUCCUUUUUAAAUUGUCUAAGGAAAAAGUGUACUGUACCCCUUGAUGGUUGAUGUCCAAUCCUGAAUAUUCCUGCCUCGAUUGUACCCCAAUGAAACUCUAGUUUUGGCAUAACCAUUGAAAUGUUUUUUUAAAUUUCUUUUAACAAGUUGUACUUGUACAUUGAAAAUAAACAUUAUUUCA